AUUUAUGCCGAAUGCCGAAAUCCAACAUCACCGUUGGAUUGGUUCACUAAUAAAUUCAUUCAUCACUUUUGAUUCAUUUAAUGCCUAGACGUUUCAUUCUUAAUGAAAGAUGCUGAAUGAAAGACAGAAAUGAAUAAAAAGUGAACCGUCUGAUAUCACCUUAAUAGUCGGUAUGACCUCUUCGACGUUCCAAAACCACGUUCACACACCUGUGCAUUGAAAUAAUUGAGCAAUCGAUAGUUACUCGUGGAAUAUUGUUUCUCUUAAGCCGCUGCAACUAUCAUAUAUUUCCAAUUGAUCCCGGUCCAAACUCUACACGGGGCUACACGAGCAAAUAUGUGCCUUCCUUCGUCUCAAAUCGCUCCGCUCCGUGCUGGCUUUUCGCGCGCCAGCCCAAGGGCGUGAGGAUGAAAAUAUAGUGAAUGACGAUGAAAGUGUCGAUGGCUAUCUAAUCCAUCGCCUCCUCUCGCCAAGAUUCUAGGAGGCGCACCGCGAGAGUCUGGAUGGGUAUUAGGAGAGUUUGAUUACCAAUUCAAUCUCAUAAGACGUUCUGCAUCUACAGCUCUUCUUGCUUGAGUUGUCGUUCUAUGUAAAUUCUACUGUUGAUGAUCAGAUCUGUUCUUCGAUUGUAAUCAUUAUUACCUAAAUCCACUUCUAGUUUCAUCUAUAAAAAUUUGCUCUCGCGCUAAUUGGAAAUGGAUUUCUAGCACGUAAAUUUGUAUCAUGGAGUCGUCUUCUUCGGAUGAAGCUCAAGUUUACUUGAAUUAUAAUAUCACAACGAAGUUAAGAUGAUACUUUAGGUAAUGCUUGAGACACUACUUUAAAGAAUGAUCAGUAAUUUGAAUAACUUUUUGUAAAUUGACUUCAGAAUUGGUCAAGUUACUUACAGCCGAGAAGCGAUUACAAGAAUUGGUUAUUUUUAUCUUCAUGAUAUCAAUUCCAAUAGUCUUUGUACUUAUACGUAUCCGUUUACUGAGUUGUUUUAUACCUAUGGAAUAAUUUUUGUACCAAAUUCUUUCCAAUCCGGAUUUGGAGUGAAGAGCGAUGGAUUCGUUUCGAUAUUUGGCGUUUUUCUUUGCUGUUGUAGACAUUAUUUGUUCGAUGUUAAUAAUGUGAGGCCGCUUUAGGGCUUUCCCCGGAAAAUAUGGUGUUUUAUUCAAUGUCGGUUUUGUUUUGAUAAUUUCUACUAGUCAUAAAGUUGCUUCGUUCCCGCAAGCUCGAUGUCAGAUAUGUGCAAGCCAUCGGGUGAGUUAUCAACAUACUUUUCCACAAUCCUGCUGAUCACUUCAUUUGUCAGAGGUGCAGAAAAAUGUCAUAAAAGCUUUUGACGUUUGCCAAAUCGAUGUUUCAAUUUUUACGUGAAGUUUUCGGUCGGAAUAUUAGAAAAAAUUUAAAAUGUCUGUCACGGAGUACAAUCAAAAUGUAGGAGAGGAAGAAGAGGAGGAAGUUAUUAAGCCUCCUCCCAAACGACCUAGACCACUUAUAAGUACUAAGAAACCUGUUGAAACGGUAUCAAAUGAAUCAGUCACCGCAGAGGAAGGUAUAGAGGAAGAAGAAGACGAAUUGGAUUUUGAAGGAUGUACCAGUGAAGAAUUGUUAGCGAGAAGAACAAAAUCUUUUACUUGUUUUGCGCAGCUAGUGCUGUCCAGUAGCUCAAUAUUAAGAAACUUGAAUUACGUAUUUCCUGUACCAAAAGAUCCUGGAAUAGACGAUGCAUUUAAUUAUGUAGAACCAUUACCUGUAUACGAUGAUAUUGGAGUUGAAAAAUAUGAAAACUUGUGUAAAGAGUAUGAAAUUGUUCCAUUGACAAGGAUAAAAAAUACGCUCGGAACACCGUUGAUGAACCUAAAAUUUUACGGGUUAAGAGAAAAACAAUUGAAAGCCAUAAUGGAAACGUUAAAAGGCAACCACUACGUAGAAGUUUUAAUCUUACAAGAUAAUUUCUUGACUGUACCCAUGACUGAAAUGAUUUGUAAAAUGAUUGAAGAAAACGGUACUCUUCAAGUAUUAAGUUUAAAACAAUGUAAUAUGGGACCAGAGGGUGCAAUUCUGCUGAAUGAUUCACUAUCGACGUCACAGUUUUUAACAGAUUUGAAUUUAAGUUUUAACGGUUUAGGAGACAUAGGACUACGUAAUCUUCAACAAGGUUUAUGCGAUUUACCUUCUUUAAAAAUAUUAGAUCUUAGUAACAACAAACUGACAGAAGAUUCAGCUGAUGUCAUAGAAAAAAUAAUUACGGAAAACAAAACGUUAUCUGAGCUGAAUUUGGCGUGGAAUGGAUUUUAUACUACUCAAGCGAAUAAACUUAUUUUCAAAGCUUUGGGUCUCACAGAUCGCUUACGAUGUUUAAAUAUAUCUUGGAAUGGAAUAAGCGUGAGACCGGCUGUAAAAUGGAUUGGAAAAUAUGUCCGAAAAUCUCAAGUUUUAGAAGAAUUAGAUUUAAGUUGGAAUAGAUUUUUAGAGCCAGCUGUGAAUGCUAUAAGAAGAGCUAUAUUAAAUAACGGUUCCUUGGUAAAUGUCAAUAUUGGUAGCAUUCCGUGUACCCCUGAGAAAGCCGUUUUUGUAGCAAACAUAUUAAUAAAUGCGAAAAAAGCGGCUCACCCUAUAAAAUUUUUAAAUAUGGAAAAUAUAGUUUUUACUAAAGAGAUUUUGAAAGUAAUGGAAAGUGCAAAUAAACUAGGAAGAUCAAUUAAAAUUGGAGGAAUUUUGGGCAACUGGAUAAUCAAAGAUCCAAAUAUGGCGGAAUUGAUAUUUAAGAGAAUUAGAUACUUAUUGAAUAAACCUAAAAAGAAAAAAGCUCGCAAAGACUUUGGACACUUCCUUCUCACUCUACCCUUACAACCAAUAACAAAAGCAGAAUUUGAACAGCUAAUGUUGAAGAAAAAGAUGAAGAAACUAGACGCGCCUCUCAUACAGCAAUUGGAAGAUUUGUACACUAUUAAGAAGAAUAAAAAAAUUGACGCUGCAGCAAUGGUACAAACGUACAUGGAUCUUUGGCCGGAUACUUGUUUGCCCCCUCCAAAACCAAAAAAAGAAAAGAAAAAGAAGAAAGAUAAGAAACGAAAAAAGAAAGGAGAAGAAAAGCCAGUUGAAGGUGAACAAGUAAGUGAACAAGUAGGUGAACAAGUAGGUGAACAAGUAGGUGAACAAGUAGGUGAACAAGUAGGUGAACAAGUUAAUCAGAUCCAGCCAACAACAGCUGAUAGUCCACCUCCUGUAGAAGGUCAGCCAAUUGAAGCAAGUCAAACGCAUUUAGAACGUCAACAAUUGGAAGCCCCUAUCGAAGAUCAACCGUCUGAAGCGACACAGUUGCCUGAAACAAGUGGUGAAUCCUAAAUUUUUCAAGGAUCUAUCUGUUGUGAAUGUGUACAUAUGUAUUAUAAUUAUUUGCAAAUUAUCGUAGAAACUAAAGAUACAUUAUAAAUCAAUAAAUUUAAACUAUUGCGAAUUUAAAUAA